CACCCUCCAUUCUUACAAACCAAAAAACCUCCCAUCUUUCUCUCUGGAGUUUUAACAAAAUGUCAGUUCCAAAACCCAAGAAAUCCUUCCCGUCGGUGACGACAUAUGAUACCACCGCCGUGAACCACCAUUCCGUCGCGGCGGAUCUCGACGGAACCCUCUUAAUAUCCCGUUCAUCUUUCCCUUACUUUAUGCUAGUCGCUAUCGAAGCCGGCAGCUUUCUCCGGGGACUAAUACUUCUCCUUUCUUUCCCUCUCAUAGCCAUCGCAUACGUAUUCGUAUCCGAAGCAUUAGCCAUACAAAUGCUCAUUUACAUCUCUUUCGCUGGCCUUAAAAUCCGAGAUAUCGAGCUCGCUUCACGGGCUGUUCUCCCGAGAUUUUAUGCCUCAGACGUGAGAAAAGAGAGUUAUGAGGUGUUUGAUAAAUGUAAAAGGAAAGUUGUGGUUACUGCUAAUCCAACUAUUAUGGUUGAGCCAUUUGUGAAAGAUUUUUUGGGAGGAGAUAAAGUUCUUGGAACAGAGAUUGAGGUGAAUCCGAAGACUAAGAGAGCUACUGGGUUUGUGAAGAGUCCUGGGAUUUUGGUUGGGAAAUGGAAGAAAUUGUCAAUUUUGAAGGAGUUUGGAGAAGAAAUGCCUGAUAUUGGAAUGGGUGAUCGUGAGUCUGAUCAUGAUUUCAUGUCCAUUUGCAAGGAAGGUUAUAUGGUUCUCCCUAGCAAAUCAGCAGAACCAGUUCCACUCGAUCGCUUAAAAAGCAGAUUGAUCUUCCAUGAUGGCCGUUUGGUUCAGCGCCCAACUCCACUCAAUGCCUUAAUCACCUAUAUGUGGCUGCCAUUCGGAUUUGCUCUCGCUAUAUUCCGUGUAUACUUCAAUCUCCCUCUCCCAGAGCGCAUUGUUCGUUAUACAUAUGCAUUGGUUGGGAUCAAGCUUGAGAUCAAAGGCCCUCGACCAUCUCCACCAUCACCAGGAACCCCUGGAAACCUCUACGUGUGUAAUCAUCGUUCAGCUCUUGAUCCUAUUAUUGUUGCUAUAGCACUCGGGAGGAAAGUCUCCACUGUCACGUACAGUGUGAGCAAGCUCUCUAGAUUCUUGUCACCAAUUCCAGCAGUUGCUUUGACACGUGAUCGUGAAGCUGAUGCUGCGAUGAUUAAGAAUUUGCUCGAGAAGGGUGAUCUAGUGGUGUGUCCUGAGGGAACUACUUGUCGCGAGCCGUUUUUGCUGAGGUUCAGUGCUUUGUUCGCAGAAUUAAGCGAUAGGAUUGUGCCUGUAGCAGUGGACUCUAAGCAAAACAUGUUCUAUGGUACAACUGUCCGCGGGGUUAAGUUUUGGGAUCCAUACUUCUUUUUCAUGAACCCUAGGCCAAAAUAUGAAGUGAAAUUUCUUGAACCAUUGCCAAAGGAAAUGACUUGCAAGGGUGGAAAAUCAUCGAUAGAGGUAGCCAACCAUGUCCAGAAAGUGUUAGGUGGUGUUCUUGGUUUUGAGUGCACUCAGUUGACAAGGAAGGAUAAGUAUAUGUUGCUUGGUGGAAAUGAUGGCAAAGUGGAGUCCAUGUACUCUAAGAAAUCCUGAAUUACAUUUCAUUUGGGGGGAGGUAUUAUAUAGCUAAUGGAUUUGGGGGGGUUUUUGCCAGUAAAAUUGUGUUCAACAUUUAAUAGAACUCUGCUGUUGAAGGGGUUUGUUUUUACAUGAUUCGUUACUGUAUUCGUAUUCAACAGACAAUAUUAAUUGAAAUCAAAUCUGUGCUUAGACUAA